AUGAGUUCAAAUCCUAGCACUAGUAGCACCAGUGGCGGCGGCGGCGGUGGAAGUAGUGGUGGCGGGCCUUGCGGAGCUUGCAAGUUCUUGAGGAGGAAAUGCGUUGCAGGGUGUAUAUUUGCACCCUAUUUCGAUUCUGAUCAAGGUGCAGCCCAUUUUGCGGCCGUGCAUAAAGUGUUUGGAGCAAGCAAUGUCUCUAAACUCUUGUUCCAUCUUCCUGUUCAAAGGCGGCAUGAUGCGGUGGUCACCAUUUGUUAUGAAGCUCAGGCGAGACUUAAAGACCCCGUCUAUGGCUGUGUUUCUCACAUCUUUGCUCUUCAACAACAGGUUUCAUCAUUAUCUCUCUCAAACAAUACACAUAUAGUGCACUGA